UUAUGGUCACUGGUGGCAACAUGGCGCGGGUGACAAUGCUCAGCUGUGCCUGUUGUUUACGAGCAUUAUGGACCCCAGAGGAGGUAGAACAACACACAAGGUCACAACAGAUUGAUAAGGAAAUACAGAAAGACAGACACAAAUUCAGAAGACAGGUUAAACUGCUAUUGUUGGGGGCGGGGGAGUCUGGCAAGUCAACGUUCCUGAAGCAGAUGCGCAUCAUCCAUGGGUAUCGAUUUGCACACGAUGAGAUCGACGAGUAUAGAGAAACUAUUUACAAAAAUGUUGUCUUGGGUAUGAAGGUCCUGCUGGAUGCAAGAGAUAAGCUUCGGAUACCCUGGGGAGAUGAGUCUCGAGAAAUAUACGGUCAGCACGUCAUGAAGUUUGUUGGUUCUAUGUUACUCGACCGCCUCUUGUUUCUAGACUAUGUACCAAGUGUUAAGGAACUCUGGAAGGACACUGGUAUAAGACAGGCGUACAACAGGCGGGCAGAGUACCAGCUGACUGACAGUGUUGCAUAUUUCUUUGACUGCUUAGACAGAAUAGGAGUCUUGGAAUACAUGCCAACAGAGAAAGACAUUCUUCACUGCCGAAAAGCCACCAAAGCAAUCACAGAGUUCACCAUCCCCAUCCAGAAUGUUCCAUUUCUGUUUGUGGAUGUUGGAGGACAGAGGACACAAAGACAAAAAUGGUUUCAGUGCUUUGAGAGUGUCACAUCAAUAAUUUUUCUUGCAUCAUCAUCAGAGUUUGAUCAGAGGCUCUUGGAAGACAGGAUCACAAAUAGGUUAGAAGAAUCACUCAACAUCUUUGGGACCAUUGUUAAUAAUCGCAACUUUCGUGAAGUUUCCAUAAUUCUCUUCCUCAACAAGACUGACCUCCUCGUCCAGAAGAUUAGGUCUAGACAAAGCAACGUCUCCCAUUAUUUCACAGAUUUUGUGGGCAAUCCUCAUGAUGAGAAAUGUGUUCAGCAGUUUAUCUUGCACAAGUUUGUGGAACAGCGGAGAGCAGACAACAAUCGCCGUCCAAUCUUCCACCACUUUACCACAGCAGUUGACACAGAGAACAUUAAGGUGGUAUUUAACUCUGUCAAAGACACAAUACUUCAGAGGAAUUUAGAAACACUUAUGUUACAGUGAGGCCAACAGUCUUAACAGUGAAGUAAAAAUUUUGUAGAUGAACUACAAUUUUGACAGUGCCCCAGUGGUCAAAUUUCUCUUAUUAAACAUAUGGUGAACAGUCAGGAAUCUGUGCCAUUGGGAUGUGACUACUUCUGUGUAAUGUCAUAUUUCAGGUCACAUUUUUAAUAAUACCUUUGUAUACCGUAAUAGAGAACUCAUGCUGCUGAUUUCAUGUUCACCAACGUAAGUCUUGUUCCAUUAUCAUUUGAUAACAAAAUACCCCCACUGGUUAAGUUUGCUCCAGUCACUUGUCAUCUGAUGUACAUUGAUGAUAGAGAUACUGAUGUUAUGUGUUUCACGACAAAGUUCAGUGCUGCUGUGUAGUACCUGUCUCUGUUUGGAUAAAUUUAAUGGUUUUUUUUUUAUAAUAAUUUAUCCACCUCUUCAUUUUAUUCAAAAAGUAAAAUAAUCUCUCCGUAGAUAUUAACUAGAUUUUAUUUUCUCAGUAUAUCGAGUUUGCAGUUUGUGUGGCACAGAAGUUAAAGUUAUGCUAGUGGCUUCCAUGGGAAUACAUGCACUAAAAUUACAAAUGGUGAAUUAUGGUAGAAUGUACAGUUUGCAGACAGAAUUCCCUGAACACUUGGUAAUAUCUGGCAUCUACUUGUUGGUCAUAUGUAUAUACAGUAUAUGAUUGGUUUAUACCUAUAAUACUGCUUUUCAUCACAUAUUGUGUCAGAACCACAAAAUGGAAUAAAAAAAUACUCCUUAAUACUGUACAAAGAAAAAUCUGAGAAAAUAUAUUAAAAUUCCAAUCCUCCUCACCUAAUGAUCCAAAGAUACUUACAGUACUGCCAAGUGUCCAGGGAAUUUUGUCCACAAAUGUGCACCAUUAUUACAAACUGAUAAGAUUCUAAGCUGUGGCUUAUGGAGUCUUGCACUCUUAAUAUCAAUUUAAAAUGAUCAAAUGUGAUAGUAGAUGACUCAGAUAUUCAGUUAGGAAAUAUGUGAGGUUUUAUUCUCCAGCAAACAUUAAUUGUUUUUGGUCUUUUCCUGCAGUUCUAUUUUGUUUGGGAAGACAUCAUUAUCUGAUGAGUAUACUGCUCAAAGCAUUGAUAGAAUGAUACUCUUAUGUAGCCAAAUGACUCAUUGAUGUGAAUAGACAGAAUUAUGUAAUAAUCUACUCUUUAAAACUAGGUAAGGUUUAAGCAAAUUUUUUAAUGUAUAUAAAUAAUAUUGCCUAUAAAUGGUCUCUGGAAGUGUCUCGAUAAUUCUCGUUUAGAAUCACUAGCUUUUUGUACAUCCUGGAAUGUGACGGCGUGUUUUGGUACGGUAAUGUUCGUCGUCAGUCACCCUCUGUUGUCACUCUGAUAUUUGUUUUCUGUCCAUUAAUUUUAGUUCUGUGUGUGUGUC